AUGCUGUCUAUAUCCCUCUUCUAUCGAAUAUCUUAUAUUCUAAUUUGCUCGUUUGUCUGCGUUGCUAUUGCUAAUCUCUACUGUUGGUACAAGUUUAAUAUUCAUGUAGAGUUCAUCAACCUUCUCAACCCUUGUAACUUGACUAUCUGUGGGUUGAAUGUCAGAGACAAGGUACAAAUAGAUCUCAUACAAAUAAAUAUUUUCAAAAAGCGAUUCAUUUUUACUGGAGUUACCUUAAAAGAUGUAGCAUUGAAAAAUAAGGACAAGGAAGCUAAAGGUAAGGAUGGCAAGGAUAUUAUUGCUGCUGACACUACCAACACUACUAGACCUACAAGUGAAAUAUCUCAAUUGCCUGCUUGGCUAGUGCCUUACCUCCCUAAAAUACUUCGAUAUCUCAACGACUUUAUCUUUCUCAUCAAUGAUAUUAAUAUACCCCUGGAUAGUGUUUCAAAGGCAAACUGUGGAAAAUCUCAUUGUUUGUAUUCAUCUAUUAUAUCGGGAAUCAUUUCUCCGUUGUAUAAGAGGCAAAGGACGGAACUUCCUUCCCAAAAUAGUAAUUCUGUCCUGGGCGGUAAAAUGUUGAAAAUGCAGCUGUUAAGGGUAUUUUUCAAUUGGCAAAAAGUUUUACGUGGUGGGCUUACUACUAGUCAUGAUGGUAAAGUUUUAAUUGAUAUCUUGGGUAGAAAUCUGUUCUUGGAUCAAGAUUUAUUAUUAAACGAUUUCAUAUUUUCUACUUCCAGUUUAUUAAAUUUAGAUAACUCAGAUAUCUUCAAGAAUUUCAUAAUAGAGUUGAAGUUGGGGAAUGUAGAAUUACCCUUGAGUUUGAUAUUGAAAAAUAAUUCUAAUGCUUUAAAUAUUAAUGAAAAUUUAACUACUGAUGGCCAUGGAAAAUUUUCUCAGGAAUCGUAUCAUAAUUUGAAAAAGAAUCCUUUACUUGCACCAAAUGGUAUCCAUGAAUUUUUCACAGAAGAAGAGAUUAUUAAUGGCGUUCAAAAUUUCAAAUUAAAAUUAAUAGAGUUUUCCAAAUCUUUAAGAUUAAUUGAUCAAGUACGUUUUACUAUGGAUAAAUUUAUAAUCAAAGAUAUUUUAAUUACAAAGAUUAAAGAUUUAUCGAAUCUAAACAAUUUUUUAACUUAUCAAAUAAUGGCAAGUGAUAUUAAUUUGAAUAUCAGAAUAUUCGAAAGUGAAAUGCCCGGUUUUAAUCUAUAUUAUAAAACAAAUGAUCAUCCUUAUCAAUUAAAUUGUAAUAUUUCAAGGUUCAACUUUUGUUUGGUUACUUUAAGGAAGAUGGAUAAAACAAUUAAGAAUUUACAAAAAAAUUUAUUAAAAAUUUUUGAAAUCCCGAAUAUUUUUUUAUUUGGACAUACUAAUUUAUUAUCUUCCAAAUUUUGUGCUUAUACGAAAGGUUCCUUCAAUAAUGCCAUAUGUAAUCUCAAAUUCCAAAUUUCAUCUCCAGUUUUUGAUAUUAAUCUUUUGAAUUAUUCAUUUUACAAAUCAUUUUGUCAAAAUUUAAAGAUGUUUAAUUCUAUCUUUAUUGACCCAAAUUCAAUUGAUAAUGAAAAAAUUCAAAAUAAAAAUUUAUUGAAUUUGAAAAUUAUUUUUUUUUCCAUCUUUAAAUGUAUGUUACCUUUAAUUAAUUUAGAAUUCUCAAUUAAAGAUCCAAAAUUUAUGGUAACAGAUGAUAAUUUAAUUAAUGAUUACAAUAAAGAUAUUGAUGAUAAAGUUGAAAAAAAUAUGAUUAUCAUUAAAUUUUCAGAAUUAAUAUUUCAAUAUAAUUCCAAAAGGUUUGUUAAAAAAAAUAAUUUUGAUCCAUCAUCAAAGGAACAAAUUCAUUAUUAUAUUCAAAAUAAUUUCAACUUAUUAAAUUUCAAGAUUCAACAUAGAAUCUUUAAUAUGGAAAAAAAUACAAGUACAAGAACAAAUAUUUUACAAUUGAAUAAUAUAUCUUUAACUCAAUUGAUAAAUAUUAAGCCAAAUGUUUUAAUGAAAUUAGAUGGUAAUUUAAAUACUAUUGAUAUAGAUUUAUCUGAGUUGAAAACAAUGGUAACUUUAAGUAGAAUGAUUGAAAAAAUCGAUAAAGAAUUAUUAAAUUUAGAUCAAAUUUAUUUUAAAGAUUUAUAUGAAUCCUUUGCAAAUAAAUUACAAAAUAAUUCAAAAAAUAAUUCAAUAAAUGAUAGCUCUUUAGAUAAAGAUAUAUCUAUAACCGAUAGUAAAAUGAUUUUAAAAGAUUUGAUUUUCGAUUCAUUACCCUCAUAUUUCGAUUAUGUUAAACUGUCUCUUAAUAAUAUUACUUUGACUCUUGGUGCAAGAUCUGUAUUUAUGCCCAAUGAAAUUUUCCAAAAUUUAUCUUCUCAAAGUCCAAAAGAUUUAGUUAAUGGCAAAUUAAGAAAAUAUCAUAAUAAAAUUAAUUCUCUUCAAAUAUCGUUAACUGGUGAUUAUACUCAAAUUUAUAAUAAAAUAGAUACGGAACAACCCAAAAUGGUCAAAAUUGAUAAUUCAAAUGAUACCCAGCUUUCUUCCACCACCUCUUCUAUUAAUUCUUUAGAUAACAUUUCUUCAAGUGAAUCUACGAAGAUAAAUCACCUAUGGCUAUUAAAUAUUUUAAUUGAUAAUAUUAUUUCAAGUGUAAUAUAUGAGCCAACUAAGAUUUCUUCUUCGGACCAAUUAGAAUUUAAAACUAUAUCUAAAAUUCAGGUCUUAUCAAUUAGAAUAUUUCCAGAUAUGGAUGAAUUUUUAACCUCUGAUAAUAAUAGAAAUAAAAUAAUCGUUCAAAUAGAUAAUAAAAAAAUUGAUGCAGUCUUUUGCUUAGUUAAUGCAUUUUUAAUUAUUUCAGGAAUUCAUACUUUAAACCAAAUUUUUGGCUCAAUUAAUAAAUCUACAAAAUAUGAGCCUUGGGCAAAGACUUAUUUAAAAACUUUAAAAGCAAAUAAAAAGAAAAAACGCGCAAUUUUAAGCUUAAUUGAUUGGAAUGAAUUUAAAUCUAUGGUAGAAAUUAGAUGUUGUUUUGAUAUCUUAAGUCAAAUAUUCUCUAUGCCCAAUGGAUUAAAGACAAAAUUUGAAACUAUGCAAACGUUUAUUAAUAUUAAGAAUUUAUCCGAAAUAAGUAUUUCUGGUGAGUAUUUCAGACUAUUAACUGAAUCACCUACUGUACCAAAUUCUUGGGCAAGAAUGUUAACUAUUUGUAGAUACUCUAUUAAAGUUGAUAAAGAAAUGUUGAAAGAUCAAAUUGCAAACGAUUUUAAAAAUUAUGAAGAUAUUUUACCUUCUGUUAUAAUGGAAAAUGAAUCGUGGCAUUUCUCAAUACCUUAUAAAUUUGAAAUGUAUCAAUUAUUUGAUAAUAUUACUACAAUUGUAAAAUCUUUUAAACAAAUGUUGUAUUCUUUUAAGACUUCGAACAAUAAUUUAGUCAUUUUUCCAACUGUUGUAAAGACCCCAUCACUACCAAAAAUAAAAUUAAAAUCGCAAAAAGGUAUAUUAAGCUUUGAUGAUGAUCCUUUUGAAGCUCAAUUAAGCAUGAUUUUCCAAAUCGGUUUAGAAGAGCAACGUUCGAGAUUAGCAAAAAUUGCAGAAUUUAAUUUAGCUUCUACACCAAAGAAGAAAGGUAAUCAAGAAAUUCAGAAGUGUACAAAACCUGUAGAUGUCUUUAACAAACUGUGUUGUUUUAGUAAGAUGUUUAAAAUCAAUCAUAUAUCAAAUGGAUUCACUAAAAACGGUCUUCAUAGUAAUAAGAGAUAUGGAUCUGCAAAAAGAAAAUCGAGAAUGGAGAAAAAUACAAAUAAUAUUUCUAAUGAAAAUAAAUUACGCAAUGAUGAGGAUCUGGAUUAUAUAUCUGAAGAAAAUGAAAAAAAUUUUAUGAUAUUGUUAGAAAAUCUUUCCACUUCCUGGAUUAAAAGAAUUCAAAGUUAUAAGCAUAAGGAAAAGGAGCAAUUCUUUACUAAUUUUCCAUAUCUUUGGGGUAACAUUGAUUACUCUAAAAUUCCUGACGACCUGAAUAAAAAAGUUUUGGAUUUCAUUACAAGCCCGUUUUUAUCAACUUUAAUAAUUGAUUCGAUUAAUAUAGAUAUAUUUAAACCAAAAUGUGGUAUCAAAAAUAUUCCCACUUUUAUCCAUGACGUUGGUAAGGGUGUUCCAAAAGAAACUGAAUACUCAAUUAUGUUUCCAAUACAUUUGGAUGCAAAAUUUAGUGAAAUUAGAUGGCAUUUAAAGGAUUAUCCAUUACCCUUUAUAUAUAUUCCACCUUUAACUUCAACUCAAUAUGAAUUAAAUGAAUCAAUAAGAAUUUAUGGGGAUUUCAUAGUGGCAGAAGAUAUGAUUAAAUCAGAUCAUGAAAUCAGAACAGUUUUUGUACCACUAGUACCAUCAAUUAUUGUAGAAAAUCAAGAUAACUAUUAUUCAUUAUUAGUUCCAAGGACAAUUACUAGCGUAAAAAUAUUCACUGACUUAAAAUUUGAUAUCCAUUCAAAAGCAACAACGACAGUUACAUGGUGCGAUUCUUACUCACCAGCCAUUCAACAAACAAUGCAAACUGUAGACCAUUUCUCAAAACCUCCCUUGGAUCCAUCAAAGAAAACAGGCUUCUGGGAUAAAAUUAGAUAUAUGUUCCAUGCAAGGGUAAAGGUAUCUUGGCUAAACCAAGGUAAAUUUAAUGUGAAUUUAAAAGGUUCUAAAAGCCCUUAUAAAUUAGGUGGUAAGGAUGCUGGUUUUAUCUUAGGGUUUGCCGGGGAUGUGGUUCUAAACUGCAAUAUGGAUAAUGAUCCAAAAAAGUUCUUAUCAUGCUCCGCUGAUACAGUUCAUUUCAGUAUACCUAAUCAUUUUGCUAGACCCUUAUUGAUUUGGUCAAAGCCAAGUUCAGAAGCUAUAUUUAUUCCAAAUAAAGAUGAUACCAAUUUACAGCAUUGUGCAUCGUAUUAUUACUUCUUAGAACCAGAAACGAAUAAAUCUUUAAGGGCAGACAUGGCCAAAAUGGAAAAGGAAUUUAUUGAAAAGACAGGUAUUAAACUUUCGGGUGGUAUGACAUUAAGUAUUGGUUUUAUUUUCGAAAGAACGAAUUCUAAAGGUGAUAGAACUUUUGAUUUUAAACCCCAUUAUGAAACAAGAUUAUCUAAUCCAAUAUAUAUUGAAGAUAUAUCUAAGCAUGACUCAUAUGCUGGUUUUAGAAGUGAUUUUAUUCAUAUGUCCUUUACUUUGUUAUCAAACUCAGAUACGGCAUAUAAUGCUAUGCAAUUAACACCAAGUGGUGUUCAAACAUUUUUAGAAUGGUGGCAAUCCUUUUCAGGGAAUACCAACGCCCGCAGAGGCCCCAUUUGGAAUACUGACACAUUGGCUCCUAAGUUUGGAGUAUCCCUUACAACUAUGUCUUAUCAUGCAGAUGUCUCACCAUUCUUUAUAUCUAAUAUUCAAAGUAAUGUUGACACGGAUUCUAUCUUGAAAAGAAACUACUUAGAAGUUACUGAAUUUGCAGGGGUAAAAGCAAAAGUUGCAAGAUUUGUUAUGGACUUGCAUCAAAGAAAAGAAGCUGUUACUACUUAUAACAAAGAAUUAGAUCAAAGGAAGACAUACUUGCAAUUAAAAUUUUUAGAAGGUGAUUUCAGCAUGUUUGGUAUUGAUGUUAGGUGUCUUAUGGCCAAGUUUAAUAAGGUUAAGUAUAUGGAAGAAAUUGGGGAAGGUAAAUUUGAUAUAUUUGAUAAUGAUAUGUCUUGGUAUGAUCCUACAGAUUUCAAUGAGGCGUAUUUUAUCAACGUUGAAAAUUAUGUACCACAUGUUUAUAUUAGCCCAUUACUUUAUUCUCCACAAUUUUUGUAUCAAAAGCGCGCUAGUUAUGGGGAUGACUUCCAAAGAAAUCCUAAGACUUUUGAAAAAAUUAAACCUUUUAGAAACGACAUAUCUCAUGAUUGUACCUUGGGGUCACAAUUAAGUUCUGGUAAGUGUUUAAUUAGAAGUAGACUAGCAACUUUGCAAGCAUCUGAAGAAGAAGUUAGAGAAGCCAUUAAAAAGAAUAAAAGUAGUGCUUCGAAGAAAUUGCUAAAGGAUACAAUUGAAGCCGUGAAAAAUGUUAAUUUGUUAUGUGAUGAUAUGGACACAUUGUCUAAACAAAUAGCUAGUCCUGAAUCAGAAUAUAAAUACAAUUAUCCAAUCAUCAAAUCUUUGUAUAAACCAAAAAAUGUUAAAGAUGGUUUUCAAAAUAGAUUCUUAUUGAUGAACAUGUUAUUGAAAUGUAACAUAAUGAAUAGAGACAUUCUAUACAAGUAUUUGAACUAUUUUUCUUUACGAAAGGAUUUCUAUGCUUUUGAAAUGCAAAAAUCGUUGAGGAUUUUUGAUGAGAUGUUAGAAAAGAUAGAAGGAUCAUUUAAGGACUCGUCUGGACCUAAGUUUGAACAAAAAAAAUCUAAGUGUGAUUGGGCGUAUGAAUCAAGUUCUGGAAAUACAACGUCUACUGCUUUAUUGGAGAUUUUCAAAAACGGUAUGACUGAAAUCUUAUGUGGUUGCUCCCAUGCCUUCUAUUCAGAUAUGAUCGUUGAACUUAUUGCCCCUCAAGUCCAAUUUAUGACUGAUAUAAAACAAGAUAAUUGUGUCAUUGUUGCUGCUCCAGUUAUAAAAUUAAAAGCUGUGUCAUUUGAUUCACGGAGCGAACGAGAUGUUACGAACGAAAAUGUUAUUCUUACUAGGUAUGGUUUAUAUAUGGAAGGGGGUAACGUAUUUGUUUUCCAUAAAGAUGAAUAUCGCAAUUUUUUCAGAUUAUUCUUUGAUGAUAAUCCCUAUGGACAUAGUAAGAAUCAAAAAUGGCCACCUUGGUUAGGACUUGAAAUCUGUCUGGAGCCUACCCCAUUAGAGUCUGAAGCCAUGGUAAAAAAACUUUCAAUUGUUUUUUUCUUCGAUAAGGUUCCACAGGUAGCUACAAUCUUGGGCUCUUCAAAACACCUAUUGAGAGAUAGAAUUAGAGGAUUUUUACCUGAUGUCACUAUUACUUCUGAUUCAAGGAGUUAUAUAUCAGCAUAUGAUGUGUUUAAGAAACUAAUUGUAUAUUCUGAUAGUGAAAAUAAUGAAUUGAACAAAAAAAUUGAAAAAUUGAAAAUUGGUUACGAUACAAGCGAUUUUACUCAAAUGCAUUGGACAGCAAAUCAACUAAGUUCAAAUGUUAAAUUGCUAAGAAUGCUACAACACGAAUUACUGUUUAAGCAGUCUUUGUUAGAUGACGCUGGUAAAGUGGAUUUAGUUAAUAUGCAUAAUGAAAGAUUGCUCCAGAUGCUAAGGCUUUAUAUGCUUAUGAAAAUUUUCAGUGAUAGAUGUAAAGCCAGAGAUGACUUACAACAUUUCACAAUAUGGGAUAUUAAAGUUAAAAAAAUUAACUUACAUAUGUUAAACAGGGACGGUAGUGCAUUUAUCAAUGCCUUCGUUGAUAAGAUUGGUUUGGAAAGAACUUCUCAUGCAUCAGGUGCCAACCAAAAUUCUUUGGAUAUCAAAGAUAUUGCAAUCUAUGAUGCUGAAAAGAACGUUAUUUAUCACGAAAUUUUACAGAAGUAUGAAUCCAAGAUUGAUAUACUUAGAAGAAGGAAUAAUAAACCAUCAAUAGAGAAGCCGUUGGUGUCUAUAACAUGGUCACUUGGUAAGCCUGUUGGUGGUAUAACAUUUGUUCAGCACGCUGAAACAUUUAUAACUGGCAUAGAUCUUCAUAUUGAAGAGGAAAGAAUUCGUAAAAUCAUAUCUUGGCUUUAUCCAGAUGAGAUGAAUUCUUUGAAUAAUGAUGAUGAUACCACUGAAACAAUUAUUUCAAAUAGCAAAAUAUCUAAGUUAGAUAUAAUAGAUGAAGAACCUUCAGUUUCUACAGAGUUAAAUGAAGAAUUGAAUGAAAUAAUUGAGCGUUCUGCUACAUAUCUGAUUGUUAAUAAGAUGACUUUGAACGGAUUUAAACUGUGCAUCAGUUACAGAGGUAAAGGUACUAUGAGGUUAGCGAACGUGUCAAACUUUAUUUUCAAGUUCCCUGCCUUACACUACUCUAACCAAGUUCUUAUGUUGUUAGAAAUAUUUCAACAUUUGAAAAAGACAGUUAUUAAGGCCAUAGUUCAUCAAUCUGGUAAACUGAUCGGGACAAAAUUAACUAAAUCUGGUAGUUCCCAUGCAAGACUUACUUCACCCUUGAGGAUUCUUUCCAAAGAUCCAGAGAAAGAUUCUAGUACUAAGCCGGACCCUAAGGCACAAGCAGAGGUUGCUUAA